AUGUUGAGAAUAAGCUGGAUGGACAGAGUAACAAAUGAAGAGGUGCUAGAGAGGAUAUCAGAAGAAAAAUUAAUAUGGAAAAAUAUAGUUAAAAGACGAAACGAAUCGAUAGGCCAUAUAAUGCGACACGAGGGACUACUAAAAUUGAUCAUAGAAGGAUGCAUAGACGGUAAGAACCAUAGGGGAAGACCAAGACUAGAGUAUAUUCAACAAAUAAUUAAAGACCAAGGAUGCAACUCAUACGUAGAAACGAAAAGGAAAGCGGAUAAUAGAGAAGAAUGGAAGAUGGCUGUAAACCAAUCUGCGGAUUGA